AUGUUACAACCUGGCCUAGACCCAACAGCACCCACUAUGCAAGUGGGCAACAAGACUGAGUGCUCCCUCCUCGGCUUCGUGCUGGCCCUAGGACAGAGCUACGACGCCAUCCGCGAGCGCCAGCCCGAGGAGUCUCUGACGCGCGUGUACACCUUCAACUCCGUGCGCAAGAGCAUGUCCACCGUGAUCCCGUACAAGGGCGGCUACCGGCUGUAUACUAAGGGCGCCUCCGAGAUCGUGCUCAAGAAAUGUGCAUUCAUAUACGGCCACGAAGGGCGCUUGGAAAAGUUCACGCGCGACAUGCAAGAACGGCUGGUACGGCAAGUCAUCGAGCCGAUGGCCUGCGAUGGGCUGAGGACGCUGUCCAUCGCGUUCAGAGACUUCGUGCCGGGGAAGGCGGAGAUUAACCAGGUGCACAUAGACCAAGAGCCAAACUGGGACGACGAAGACAAUAUUGUGAAUAACUUGACCUGCCUAUGCGUUGUUGGUAUCGAGGAUCCUGUCAGACCAGAGGUACCAGAAGCGAUCAGGAAAUGCCAAAAGGCUGGUAUCACCGUCCGAAUGGUGACUGGCGAUAACGUCAACACGGCGCGCUCCAUAGCUGUCAAGUGCGGCAUCCUCAAGCCCACCGACGACUUCCUAAUCCUGGAGGGCAAGGAGUUCAACAGGCGGAUCCGGGAUACCAACGGCGAGGUUCAACAGCAUCUGCUAGACAAAGUAUGGCCGAAGCUGCGCGUGCUAGCGCGGUCGUCGCCCACAGACAAAUACACACUGGUCAAAGGCAUGAUCGAGUCGAAGGCAUUCGAUACGCGCGAGGUGGUGGCGGUAACUGGGGACGGGACCAACGAUGGGCCGGCGUUGAAGAAGGCCGACGUGGGAUUCGCUAUGGGUAUCGCCGGUACCGACGUGGCCAAAGAGGCGUCCGACAUCAUCCUAACCGACGACAACUUCUCAUCGAUCGUGAAGGCUGUGAUGUGGGGCCGCAACGUUUACGAUUCCAUCGCCAAGUUCCUGCAGUUCCAGCUGACAGUUAACGUCGUGGCUGUGAUCGUGGCCUUCAUUGGCGCUUGCGCGAUACAGGACAGUCCUCUAAAGGCGGUACAAAUGUUAUGGGUGAACCUGAUCAUGGACACAUUAGCCUCGCUGGCUCUAGCGACCGAAAUGCCGACGCCGGACCUGCUGCAGCGGAAGCCUUACGGGCGCACCAAGCCGCUCAUCUCGCGUACCAUGAUGAAGAACAUCCUUGGACAAGCGCUGUACCAGCUGUUCAUCAUCUUCUCGCUGCUGUUUGUGGGCGACAGACUGCUCAACAUCCCGUCAGGCCGCGGACAGCAGCUGGGCACGGAGCCGACGCAACACUUCACCAUCAUCUUCAACACCUUCGUCAUGAUGACGCUUUUCAACGAGAUCAACGCGCGCAAGAUCCACGGCCAGAGGAACGUUUUCCAGGGACUGUUCACUAAUCCGAUAUUCUACUCUAUAUGGAUCGGCACUGCGCUUUCGCAGGUGGUAAUAGUCCAGUUCGGCGGCAUGGCGUUCAGCACGGCCGGCCUCUCGAUAGACCAGUGGCUGUGGUGCCUGUUCUUUGGCGCUGGCACGCUCGUGUGGGGGCAGCUCGUCACCACGGUGCCCACGCGCAAGAUACCCAAGACACUCACUUGGGGCCGCGGCCAGCCGGACCCCGAGACGAUCCAGCCGGGGCCGGACUACGACGCGGACCUGGACAAGAAGCCGCGCGCCGGCCAGAUCCUGUGGAUCCGGGGCCUCACGAGGCUGCAGACGCAGGUAUGCUCGCGCCGCACACGCGCGCACACACACGCACGCACGUAGGCGGUGGGCGUGGCU